AUGUCGGCCUUUCUGGCCCGUAACACAGAAACUCUGCUCGACAUCGCAGCAGAUGUGAUACAGCUUCUUAAAUCCUCGAACGCCACUGUUGGGGUUGCCGAGUCUCUCACAGCAGGGGGUGUCAUGGUCGCCCUCACUUCUGUCCCAGGAGCCAGCGCUGCCUUCCUUGGAGGCGUCGUCUCUUAUGCCACACCCCUCAAGCAAACACUCUUGAAUGUCGACGCAACUCUAAUCGCUAAAGAGGGAGUCAUUCAUGAGGAGGUUGCUUCUCAAAUGGCAGAAGGUGCGCGCAGGAUAACGACACAUGACGACGCUCCUCCCACGACGUGGGGAGUUGGCACUACUGGCGUUGCUGGACCUGAUAAGCAAGAUGGGAAGGCAGUCGGGACGGUCUACAUCGGCAUUGCCAGCCCCACUGGUAGCAAGGCGUUUGGUCCGUUCAACUUUCCAGGGACAAGAGAAAGAAUACGGGAGGCAACAGUCAUGGAGGCACUCGCAAGGUUGCGAGAAGAGUUGAUGAAGGCGAGACAGGCAUGA